AUGACUGACCCCUUCUAUAGGUUACGGCGGCGCUGCCUCUUCCUGUUCGACCGUGGUGCGAUUGGGGAAGCACUUUCGAAGCCCGACAUGCUUAAACGCGUCGACGCCAUCCUGCAGCAAGCAAGGCAGUCAAAUGGGGUGGAAACUGAAUCCACAUCCACUGCGGCAUGUGGAGCGGUCGGAACUUUCGAUGAGUUAUGCGUGUGCAUUAGCAGGUGGCAGCGGAGACGACAAUUCGCCGAUUGGGAAGAGUGCUUGGAGUGGCUGCUGUUUCUACAAGAAAGGGUGCAGACCCCUGAAGCAGAACGCGACGCCUACAGAUGGGCGUUACGUGAAAUGAUAACACUUUUCUCGGAAGAAGAACGUGAGUACAAGGACGCACUGUCUGAAGAAGGGGUUAAGUACUGGAGGAAGACAAUUAUAUCGAUGCAACCUUACUUUCACUUUACAAACAGCGCACAGGCCAUGGACGUGGAAGGACGUGAAGGCCACCAUCAAGUAAGCUGGAGCAUUGGUGGGGAGCUUUCACCGUUGGUACGGCAAGUUUUUUUGCCCUUCUAA